GCGCCCGUCCCUCUACACGCCUCUGCCGCCGUUUCCCCACCCCAAACCCGCCGGAAAUCAUCCAAAAUCCGGCAGUCCACGUAAGCCAUGCCCCCCAUCUCUCCUCUCUUUUCUUCCACGUGGUCUGACACAUAACAAACUCGGAAUAUUCACCAAAUUUUCCUCACCCUAAUGGAACAUUCAAGAAUACUCUCACAUGCUCACACUCUUAUGGAUGGAUUUUGAUUAAUGGGAGCCGUAAGAUUGAGAGAAAAGGACUCAAUCUUAGCCUUCCAUUUUUCAUAGACCAACCUAUUUAAGAGGAGUUAUUUUUUUAGAUUGGGAGGAUUUUUUUUUCCCUGAAAUUUUUCGGAUAGAGAGGAGGAGACAUAAAAGGUUCUAGGGUUCUUGAGCUUAUAUUCUGAUUUUCAUCAUCUCUAUUUUAUUGAGAAUCCUAGAAAAAUAUACAAAUCCAAAAAAUAGUUUGAGCUUAAUUCGUUAUAAGUUUUAUUUCCAUUUCGAAAUCAGAAAACAAAAAAAAAUACAAAAGAUUUCCAGCUUCUUCGUCUAAAUUUUUAUUUCUAAGCUAUGGAAUUCGAUAGAGUUUGAAGCUAUUUUGAGUUUGUCACAGUUGAUUGUUGCCGCUCGAGUUCGAGUUCAAAAUUUCCGGUCGCGGUUCCGAUCUUACGAAUUUCAACAGUGGCUCUUUGUCUUUGAAAUUCACUGUCACGCUUUCCUUCUGCUUGUAUUCAUUUCGAGAAUUAAUCAAAGCUUCACAUAAUCAGGUAUGGACCCGCUAAUUCGAUCCAAAGUGUUGAUGGUAGUAAAGAUUCCUAGGAAGUUGGUCAAGUGGUGGAAAAUAUUUUCACUGUUAGAGCAGCAUGAGCUAAUGGAGAAGUUAGGCACCCUCACUUCGCUUCUUGAUAUCACACCCCGCCCAGACUUAGUGGAGGAGAUGUUGACCUACUGGGACCCGCAAAAUAUGGUUUUCAGAUUUGGAGAGUGUGAAAUGACUCCUACCUUGUCAGAAAUGUCCGGUCUCACUCGUCUAAGUUACAUAGGCAAAAACAUGAUAAUUUCCCGAGAUCACUCUAGGACGAGAUUCCUUAGCGACCUGUGUCUGAAAGACAAUAAGCAUUUAGGAUGCCUCAAGCAGUCUUGGAUAUCUUUGGAUUAUUUGUUUGCUAGAUUUGGACCCCAUGAUAGUUUUGAUGUCUUUUGGGAUGAGUUUUGCACAACCAAGGCAAAAUGGCAAAGAUGCCGCCUUGAAACCUUCAACCUUGCUUUGCUGGGAAUAUUGGUAUUUCCUUUAGAUGAGAGGCACAUUUGCAUCCGUCUGCAAUCAGUGGUAAUGGCGCUAUUUCAUGAGAAGCAACGCAAAGUCGUUACCAUUGUACCGAUGAUCUUGAUAGAGUUGUUUCGAUCCCUAAGUGAGGUUAGGGGAGGUGUUAGAUUUUUGAAGGGAGCAACCUUUUGCUACAAUUGUGGAUGGAGCACUUACACACCGUUUCCUGACUUUGCCCCAUCGACUCUGCCUUGCGGGAUCGAGUGGUAUGCAUUGAGCGUAGGAUGAAGUCUCCUAAGUUUACAUACCCAGUAGGCGCCAUGGCUUGGAUUGAGUUCCUAGGUUUGAGGACAAAUGGGAAUAUUUUGUGGGCCUACCUUUGGCUACUUUUAGAUGAGAUCUUGGUAGGAUGUCGCAUGCAGCCUUUCUUGAUGUUGAUAGGGUGAUGCGACAGUUGGGCAGGAGGCAGGAAGAUCCGCCAAUUUUGAAUCUUCGGAGGCACAUCAUGAAUUUUAGCAAAAAGGCGGCUGAUGAGAUCAAGUACUUGCAAUACUGGAACAAUGCAAAGAGGAUGAAGAAGAAUACAUUAGUAGAGGACAUUGGCAGGCCCGAGUGUACUCAAGAGUACUUGAUUUGGUUGCAGUCUAUUCCACCAUGGGUCAGCACCCCAUUACCAGCACAACUUAGGGGUCGGGCAGUUCAGACAGAUGAUUUUGAGGAGGCUUUGGAUCCAGAUCCUUGGGGUAAGCUUGAGUUGAUAAGGUCUCAGUUAACAGGAUUGAUAACAAAUGUGGAGCAACAUGGUCAAUAUUUGUUAAGGGUCGGCCUUCAGGAGGCGGGGCACACGCCAAGACCUUUUUUUCCAGCAUUGGUGCAUCUCUACGAGGCAUGUUACAGAGCUUGAGCAUGACAGAUGCCCCAGGACCAUCCCAGUUGGGAGCACCGCACUCAGGAGCAGGUUGAGGAGGCUUUUUUAUUUAUAUGUUUUGAGUCUGUUUUAUUUUGUCAUUUACUUUCUAGUCUUGUCCAGUAGUAUUGAGUCCGUUAGGUGGU